AUGUCUCAAAUGUUUUCGAAAGAGACGUCUGGUGCAGAGAUUGAUGGAGUGUGGGUGGUGCCGGGUCUUCUUGAUUAUCUAUCUAUCUAUCUAUCUAUCUAUCUAUCUAUCUAUCUAUCUAUCUAUCUAUCUAUCCAAAGCCUACAAGCCAUCCCAGGCUUUUUUCCUUCUUCAUAUUUUUCUUUUUUCUUAUUUUAUUUUUUCUUCCUUGUUUUUUUUUUGUCUUUCUUUUUUCCUUCCUCCUUUCUUUAUCUUUCUGUCCUUCUUUUAUUCUUUCUAUUUUUCUUCUUUUUUUCUUUUUUAAUUCUAUUUUUCCUUCUUUCUUUUCUCUUUUAUUUCUUUCUUUGUCUUUUUUUCUUCUAUUUUUCUUUCUUCUUUCUGUCAUUUUCUUCUGUUCUUCUUUCUUUUUUCUUCUAUUUUUUCUUUCUUCUUUCUGUCUUUCCAUUUCUUCUAUUGUUCUUUCUUUUUGUUUUUAUUUCUACUUUUUUUGCUUGUUUAUUUGUUUUUAAUUUUUUUCGGUCUUUCCUUUUUCAUCUAUUUUUUCUUUCUUUCUUUGUCUUCUUUCUUUCUUUCUUUCACUUUUAUUUUUUUCUCUCCCUUUCUUUCUUUCUUUCUUUCUUUCUUUCUUUCUUUCUUUUCUUUCUUUUUUUUUUCACUUUUUUUUUUUCUCUCUCCUUUCUUUCUCUCUCCCUUUCUUUCUUUCUUUCUUUCUUUCUUUCUUUCUUUCUUUCUUUCUUUCUUUCUUUCUUUCUUUCUUUCUCUCACUUUUUAUUUUUCUCUCUCCUUUCUUUCUUUCUUUCUUUUUUCUUUCUUUCUUUCUUUCUUUUCUUUCUUUCUUUCUUUUUUUUUUUUAUUUUUCUCUUCCUUUCUUUCUUUCUUUCUUUCUUUCUUUUUUCUUUCUUUCUUUCUUUCGCUCUCUCUUUUGCUCUCUCUUUCUCUCACUUUUUAUUUUUUUCUCUCUCCCUUUCUUUCUUUCUUUCUUUCUUUCUUUCUUUCUUUCUUUCUUUCACUUUUUAUUUUUUCUCUCUCCCUUUCUUUCUCUCUCCCUUUCUUUCUUUCUUUCUUUCUUUCUUUCUUUCUUUCUUUCUUUCUUUCUUUCUUCCCUAG